UGUAAGAGGUACCAAUAUCUAAAGAAGCGAGAAAUUAUGAAAAUGUAAAUUUGCAUCCUGUUCAGCCUAUUUUUUGCAUGAGGUACAUCGCUAUUUCAAAAUAAACACAGUGUACGUCGUCAGCGAGCACUCUAAAAUGUCGGACAAUGAAAUCGAAGACGUGUCAUUCUUGCCAGGAGAGAGUCUUCACAGACGGGCUGUUUAUGAGCGAGGUAUCAUACAGAGGUUUAGAUUCGUGGCAUGCACAAAGGCCAAGAUUGCCUUGGGUCUGGUUCUUGUGGUGUUAAUCAUCAUCAUUGUGGCACUGUCGGCAACUAUUGCAAAUCAUCAAGACACGGAAAAGAGCAGUUCAGAAAAAGUGAUUGAAAAUGAAAAACAACAAACAACAACACUCACCCCUGUUAGCACUCCUAACUACACAGCAACAAAUGGACAACCCUUUCCUUAUCACAAUAUUCGACUUCCACAUUCUGUAACUCCUGUCAGUUAUAAAAUGUAUAUGCACCCAAACAUUUCAGAAUCUUUUUUUACUGGACAUGUUAGUAUUAUCUGUGAUGUUAAUGAGAACACUGACUUCAUUGUGUUUCAUGCGAAAGGCUUGACCAUAAUGACAAUAAAAGUAUCUGACAACAGUGUGCCAACCAAUUUGUUUGGUGUAGUAAACUGGUUAGAACAUGAGGACAAUGAGCAAAUAUAUGUCAGAUUAAUGAAAUAUUUACCAAAAGGCUUGAAAAUAAAUAUGUACAUAGAAUACAAUGGAACCUUAGGGACACUUCUGCAUGGCUUCUACAAAAGUUCGUACCUGUCAUCUUCCAACGAAAAAAGGUACAUUGCUACAACACACUUUGAGCCGACACAUGCCCGUGAAGCCUUUCCUAGCUUUGAUGAACCUGCCAUGAAGGCAACAUUUGAGAUGACCAUGAUCCGUGAUGAGCAGCAUUUCUCAUUGUUCAACAUGCCACUAAAAGUUUCAACAAAGCUUGACAAUGGACUCUAUCAAGAUGAGUUUGAGACUUCUGUGAAAAUGAGUACCUACCUGGUAGCAUUUGUUGUGUGCGAUUAUAAGAAUGUGUCAGAAACGACAAAACGAAAGAUUCAGGUGCGUGUGUUUGCGCCGCCCGACUUCAUCGGUUCAGCCAGUUACGCACUUGAAGUGGCAGUGAAGGUUAUAGACUACUAUGAGGACUAUUUUGGUGUGAAGUAUCCACUACCUAAACAAGAUUUGAUAGCUAUCCCGGACUUUGAGGCGGGGGCCAUGGAGAACUGGGGCCUUAUCACGUACCGCAUGGCUGAUGUACUGUACGACCGAGACACAGCCUCUACCCACAACAAGCAGAACAUAGCUGUUGUCAUAGCGCACGAGUUGGCACAUCAGUGGUUUGGUAACUUGGUAACCAUGGACUGGUGGGAUGACUUAUGGCUGAAUGAGGGAUUUGCAAGCUAUGUGGAGUACCUUGGCACUGACAUUGUGGACCAUGACUGGAGAAUGGGUGACCAGUUUGUGACCGAUGCCCUCCUACGUGCAGCCUACCUGGACAGCCUUGCCAACUCCCACCCGAUCAGUCAGCCUGUCAGCGACCCAGGUCAGAUCAACGAACUCUUUGAUGCCAUCUCAUAUUCGAAGGGAGCUUCCAUAAUUCGGAUGUUAAACAACUACAUAGGAGAGGAUGUGUUCAAAGCAGGAUUGGUCUCGUAUCUCAACAAGUAUAAUUAUGGCAACGCUCAAACUCAAGACCUUUGGAGCUCGCUGUCUGAAGCUGCAAGUCAUGCCAAAUUGAACACAAAUGUAACCCGUCUGAUGAACACCUGGACUGGUCAGACUGGGUACCCGGUUGUCAAGGUAACUAGGUCAAGAGACAAGAUGACCUUGACCCAGUCUCGGUUUCUUCUCAACACAUCACCAAAUGCCCAGAAUGGAACACCUUCUCCAUAUGGGUACAAAUGGGAGAUUCCUUUCUGCUAUACCACUCAAACUGAGCCUGAAAGGCCUGUGAAACAAUUGUUAACAGAUGUAACAGCAACUGUGGACGGUAUCCUAGGUGACUGGGUGAAAGGGAACUGUGGGAUGUACGGUUUCUAUCGAGUCAAUUAUGACCCUGACACCUGGAGGGGCAUAAUAAGGCAGCUUAACCAAAACCAUACUGUGUUCUCAGUGCCGGAGCGUGCUGGUCUCCUUGACGACGCCUUCAUGCUGGCCCGCGUAGGUCAGCUGGACUACAGUGUGGCCCUUGACCUCUCUCUAUACCUUGUGAACGAAGAAGAUUACGUCCCCUGGUCUAGUUUCUUGGACAGCAUUGCCUUCCUGUCAGACAGACUGGAAAGUAAGCCUGUGUAUUCAGCCUUCAAGGCUUACUUGCUGAAGCUGAUGAUGAACCGUCUGAAAACAAUAUCGGAGAAAGACUGGCUGAAAUUUGAAAAUAUAUCUGACCUGGAAAAAUAUCUGAAAGCUGCUAUUAUAGACAAGGCAGUUGGCCUGGGGUAUGCGCCUGUCCUGGAGAACGGUCGCCAGCAGUUUAUGAGUUGGCUGACAAACAAAACAAGGGUCAAAGAAUGGGGUCAGGAGUACGGGCCUUUAGCUCCUUUUUGCUUUUUCAACUUAAAUGUGGAUCUAAAGGCCGUCAUAUACAUGACUGGAGUCAUGACUGGAGAUGGCACAGUGUGGGAGUCAGUCUGGAAACGCUACAACGAGGCAAGAGAUGACAAUGAGAAACGCAAGCUUCUGUAUGCCCUUGCUAGCACCAAGGAGGCCAGGCUAUUGAGCAGGCUUUUACACUCCAGUCUGAAUGAGUCCGAGGUUCGAUCCCAGGACGCACCGAUGGCGCUAUCAUCUGUGGCAACGUCGUACACAGGUCAGAUCCUGGCCUGGAGAUUCCUGCAGCAAAACUGGGACACCAUCGUUUCAAGGUAUGGGGAUACAUCGUUCAUGAUUCCAAGCUUCAUCAAGUCUGCCUGUAGCAACUUUGACUCCAAGUUCGACUAUGAGGAUGUGAGAUCCUUCUUUGAGGCACAUGACCCCAAGUCAGGCAAGAGGGCCAUCCAGCAAGUUCUGGAGAAAAUACAAGCAAACAUCAACUGGGUGUCACAGUAUGAACAGAAAGUUGUGGAUUGGCUCAAUAAGAAGUCCCAUUAAAAUGCAUGAGGACAGUUAAAAAAAUUGUUAUUUCCUACUUAAAAUCAAAUAUUUGUUCAUAUUUAUUUUCAUGUUCAGAUUCAAAAGCCUUUAACAUCAUCUCUGCAGUUUAUGAGUUAUGGAUAAUCAAAAAUAUCAUUGAAAUUUUCUCUCAACGUAAAAUAACUUAGAAAGUUUUCACUGUUAUUGUCUAUUAACACUCUUGUUAUUAGCCCACUUGAGUACUCUAUGCUUGUUGUAACUAUAUGUAGAGCUCUGAAAUAUUGACCUUGCACUAGUUAACUCCAUUUUCCAGAAUUAUACGCAUACAUUUUUCCUACAUUUGCAUUGGCUUUGUUCAUGCUCAUUUUAAACAUGUUAUAUACAACCGUAACAAUAAACUUAGUGAGGUACACUUCAAUCGUUUAAAUUGGCUUCCAUUUCGGGAACCAAUUUCUUCUUCAUAACGGUACUUUAAUAUAAUCAUGCACAAAGAUCUAGCAAGGUUAAUAUAGGCAAGCCAUAUAAUGAAACUAUCAAUAUUGUCCGAUUUAAGAUAGGAAAAUGAAGUGUAGUGGUAUUUUUGUUUGUAAAAAUAUUGUUUAUCAUGAAACAAAUUAAAUUAAAAUGUU